AUGUCGGAGCUCAUGAGGCGGCAGCUCGACGCGGAGAUGUUCUCGUACUUUUACGGUGACAGUGAGGCGCCGACGAUGAUGCCGACGCCCCUGCCGUCGCCCAUGCCGUCGCCCAUGCCCACGACCCUGUCGGAGAAGGGCACGGCCGUGCCGACGCCCGGCUGCGAGGACGGCGAGUCCGUCUACCAGCUCGCGCUCUACGACUACGGCGAGGACGGCUGGGAGGGCGCGACGUACACGGUCACGGACGCGUCGACGGGCGAGGUCGUGGCCACGGGCACGCUCGACGCCGGCGGCGAGGGCGUCGACGCCUUCUGCAUGUCCGACGGCACCUACACGGUCGAGUUCGGCGGCGGCAGCGACGACUCGGAGACGGCGGUCCAGUUCCUGCCCGACUCGACGCAGUACCUGAGCGACUGCACGGGCCCCUGCACCUUCGAGGUCGACAUGGUCGACGGCACGACGACGGAGCACGUCGUCCCCGCCCCGACGUCGUCGACGUCCGCGCCGACGACCUACGGGGCCACGCAGGCCGUCAUCGUCGCGUCGUCGAUCUACGUGACGGGCGUGUCCGAGUCCGAGUUCGACGAGAACGGUUUGGAGGUCAUCCAGUACGCCUUCUACGACGUGCUCGGCGCCAUCAUCGACUCGCCCGAGGACGUGCUCACGGCCGUCGCGACCAUGCUGUCCACGCGGCGCCUGGGCGAGGUGCUCAAGGGCCGGCGUUUGGACGAGUCGUACGACGGCGCGGCGAUCAUCUCCUACACGGCGGAGAUCGACACGGCGGCGUCCCACGGCUUCGCCUCCAACGACGCCGCGCUCGCCGCCAUCGAGAGCGAGCUCGAGUCCGCGUCCGCGUCGGGCUACCUCUCCGAGCGCCUCCUCUACUGGGCCGACUACUUCGGCGCCACGGACCUCGACACGAUGACGACGGGCGAGCUCCUCAGCUCCGAGGGCACCAUCACCGUCGAGGGCGACGACGCGUACCCGACGUCCUGGUACUUCCUGCCCUCGCCCGCGCCGACGGCCGCGCCCGUCGCGCCGUCGCCCGCGCCGACGCCGCAGCCGACGGUCACGCCGGGCAACCCGACGGGCGCGCCCGUCCCCGCGCCGACGCCGUCGCCCCUGGCCACGGCCGCGCCCGUGCCGGCGCCGACGCCCGCGCCCGUGCCGUCGCCGACGGCCACGCCCGGCUCGCCGACGGUCGCGCCGGUCGCCGCGCCGACGGUCGCGCCGAUCGUCGCGCCGACGGCCGCGCCCGUGCCCGCGCCGACGCCCGCGCCCCAGACGCCGACGGCGGACCCGGCGCCCGCGCCGACGCCCGCGCCCGUCCCCUCGCCGACGCCCUCGCCCAUCGCCACGACCGGCACGGUCGGCGACGACGCGACCGGCACGGACGACGCCGCGUCCGGCACGGACGACGCCGCGACGACCGGCGAGAGCGGGACCGACGACGCCGCGUCCGGCGACGGCACCGGCGACGGCACCGGCGACGGCACGGGCGACGGCACGGGCGACGGCGCGGCGACGGACGACGCCGCGGCCAGCAGCGACAGCAAGAAGAGCGACGACGACGCGGACGCGGCGUCCGGCUCGCUCCUCAUCAUCAUCAUCAUCGUCUGCGUGCUCCUCCUGCUCCUCUGCUUCAUGGUCAUGCUGGCCUACAGGAACAAGGAGCGCAAACUCACGGAGCGCAAGGACUCGUGGGACAUUUCGACGAUGUUCACCGACGAGGCCAACCUGCCCGACGCGGAGGAGAUGAUCGACGUCGAGCCCGAGAGCUCGGCGGACGCGGCGCCCGCGACGCUCAUCGAGGGCGAGGACGCCGGCGCGCUGGUGCCCCUCGACGAGGACCAGCCGCAGGCGCUCCAAAAGAUCACGCAGGCGGCGGAGCUGUAA